AUGUCCUUUCAAUCCAUAACCCGGCUCAAGGGUCGAUUUCUUGCCUCAACGGGUAACAUCCUCCAUUGCCAGUCACCAACACCACUCCCGAGUCCCCAACUGUUCUCAUUGCCUAAGCCAGGCGGACAUAGUAUACGGAGCAGGACUGAGUGUACAUACAUACAUGCGCACAUUUGCUGCGAACGGCAAUGUCCCCCGGAUCAGCUUGUCAACGAUGCAGGAAGCGGCACAUCAAGUUGCAAGCAGUGCGUGUCUGCAAAACAUGAAUGUCCCGGGUACAAUGAAGAUUGGAAGUUCAUCAACAAUGGGUCCAAACUGCCUCACAAGAGACAGAAGAGGCAAUCUUCUCGAUCCACAAAGAUACAGCCCACAAAUGAAUUCUCUGAUACGACUGAAAAUACAUCCAUGAUACAGGAAGGCUCUAUCAUAGAAUCUCGCCAUGGCAGCGGGAUGUUGUCCAUCCAACGGACAGAAUCUUUAGACAUCUCUUCCUUAAACUUCCCCAAAGCAGCAGAAACUACGUUGCAGAACUUGGAUCCGUCCAUGUCAUUACCAGUGGACUUUCACUUCGAUCUCGGCGACAGCAAUAAUGUUCACGAAGCAGGUGUGGGCAAUCUACCUGCCAACUUCCAAACUUCUGGACCAGCUCCGGAGGCAUCACCGGGAUUGCUCUCUUCUACAUCAAAUAGCGAGUUUGAAAUGGGGCUUGCUGCCCUAGCCUCGGAGUUUAUGCUCGAGAGCGAACAAGAGAUCGUUUUCCUUCUUCGGCAUUAUGUUGACAACUUGGCCCCGUGGCUAGGCAUUUUCGACGAGAAAUGUUUCUUUCAGACUCGCAUCCCUCGCCUCGUUGGGACUAACCCUGCCUUGAAGUACGCAGUAGCAGCGCUUUCUGCUAAACAUCUGAGUCAUGUGGGUGGCUUUCGAGCCACGAAUUGCGGCUUACGGAGCACGUUGGCCUUGACGGAAAUGUAUCCCAGCGCAGGUCAUGUGGACUGGGCAUUCAAAGCUGCCAACUACUAUCACCAGGCAGCUACAAGCUCUCAGCAGCAGUCACAACUCUACGAUACGAUUGGCGAUACGUCGCUUUUGGAUGUGGCAACAGCAAGCAGUGCUAUUUUGACAGUUUAUGAAUUGAUUGAUUCGAACUACGAUGAGUUCCACACCUAUUGGCUCUGCAUGCCCAACGACCUCCUUCACUCAUACGAUCAAAAACGCACACCAAUACUCAACUUUAAAACUUCCUAUAACAACGUUGAGAGUCAUGACGAUGCCUUUGGCGCCGAGUCUACGUCCAUGUCUAGGACGCCCUGGGUACGACUAUUCUCUUUAAUAACCAACAUUAUCGACCAGUUUACUACGACACCCAGCAGUGGCGAUCGAAUCAUGAAAAAUCCUGAGCGCACUAGCUGGUUCUAUCUUUGGGGCGCUUUAGAUAAUUGGCACUCUCGGCUGGAUGCCAACUUUGAGCCAUACUCUCAUUACACGCUUUCCAGUCACUUGACACUUCCACAAGGCCCUCAAGAGCCGGUUUUCGACGAGAUCCUCUUUCCAACACAGGUAUCUGCAGCCACUCUGUCGUACUACCAUUUCGCCCGCGUCCUUUUACUUCUUGCCAAGCCGAUCGACCAAUCAAACCCUCUCACGCUGCUGAAAGACUACCGAGAAAGACUGUCAGAUAUUAGAGAUAACUGUGUAAAAAUAUGCGGGAUUGCAGCUGGCCGGCCAGGCGGCGCUGCUCGAAUUCACUCGAUUCAGCCGCUCAUCUUGGCGGGGCAAUGCUUGGAAGAUGCACGAGAGAGAAGGGCUGUAGUACAGCUGCUACAGGAUAUUGAGUCCGAUACGGGAUGGCCAAUCGCGGCCCAGGUCGGAAGGCUUCAGGAAGAAUGGUAUGGUAGUAUUCCACAGAGCUAAGCUCUGUGGCAGCGAUGGCGAGAGUAUAAGCAAUAGCAACGGUAGCAGCAAUAGCACAAUAGCAGCCAAGUUGAGAAAAAGAGAAGGAAAGGGGGAACAAGCAGAAUAUACGCUCCUGGGGAGGCUAUAUUAUACCACGAAGUCUCGGGAUCAGGCGAUGGAUGUCGUUUAUGUACCACGACAUGCAGCAGGGUCACAAGAGGCAGUAGAGGUGGUUUGCGAGAUUCAGGUUGAAAAACCUGCAGUACAGCCGCUCAUCUUGACAGGGCAAUGCUUGGAAGACCCACAAGAGCUGUUGCAAAGCUGCUCCAGUUGCUACAGGAUGUUAGAAUUCGAUACCGGGUGGCUGACCGUGGCCUAGGUUUGAUGACUUUAGGAAGAAUGGUGAAAUAGUAUUUUACAGAGCUAAUAGAGGGGAAAGGUUAUCUAGCACCCCAGUUGUGGCUUAAUGAAUAACAAGGCAGUUAGUGACGAUAAUAAAGAUAGAGCAUGGUAUGCUGGCCUUCAC